UUCCCACAAGCAAAAAAGUACCACAACCUCAGUUGGAUUUCGAGUUCUUUCAGCUCCGUUCGUGUCGUUUUGCAUCAAUCUAAAAGCUCUCCAAAUAUGUCUGUUCUGCGUGCCCUGCUGCUGCUGGCACUGAGCGCCACCAUGGCCCUGGCCCAGCGUCGUCUGGCUCUGCCGGAUCCCAGGAGCUGUGCGAACCGAGUGCGUCAUGCCAGCUACCGGGAUGCCCGGGGUGUCUCCCACUCGUACUUCUUCAGCUGGGAGCAUGCUCCCACCCGGAGUCUGGAGGUGGACUGGUUGGAUGCUAGGAAUAUCUGCCGCAGGCAUUGCAUGGACGCCGUCUCCCUGGAGACCCCGCAGGAGAAUGACUUUGUGAAGCAGCGGAUUGCCCGGGGCAAUGUGCGUUAUAUCUGGACCUCUGGCAGGAAGUGCAACUUUGCUGGUUGCGACAGGCCCGAUCUGCAGCCACCCAAUGAGAACGGUUGGUUCUGGUCGGGAUCGGGGGCCAAGAUUGGACCCACCUCGCAGAGGAACACCGGUGACUGGUCGUCCACGGGUGGUUACCAACAACCGCAGCCGGAUAAUAGGGAGGCUGCCCAGGGCAAUGAUGAGAGCUGCCUGUCCAUUCUGAACAACUUCUACAACGAUGGCAUCAAGUGGCACGAUGUGGCCUGCCAUCACAUCAAGCCCUUCGUGUGCGAGGAUUCCGAUGAGCUGCUGAACUUCGUCCGCUCCCGGAACCCCAAUGUCCGCUUGUAAUUCUUAAACUAGAGCCUAAGCCCUAUGGAGAUGAUAAAAUUUACAUAUUUAUGUAGCCUUAAAAAAGGGAACAUUAAUUGGUUGAUGAUUGAUUGAUUGAUUUAACGAUUGAUUCAGUGACUGUUCAAUCCAACAUUGAUGGCUUCCAAAGCGCCUAACAUUCGUUUGUUCGGUUUAGUUCUAAAAAUCCAAAAUUUGAAUAACAUUUCUGUGUCGAUCCGCGCAUGAUAAACAAAAUUG